UUCACGCCGCCCUGUGUGUCCGCGGUGAGACCCCGUACAUUCUGCUUUGUGGCGGUCUCAGUGUUACGCCCAUUGUUUUUCGUUUUCAGUUUACGUCAGCUCCUUUAUUGCUGUUUCGUGACGGAUAUUUACACGGCAUAAAGCGAACUGUAUUUCUUCUGUACAUUUAAAUGUAAUCUUGUGUUCCGCCGUCUUUCAUCUUUCCGUACACGUUGUCCUCUCCGAGGUUCACUUGAUUCGCGAGACCACCUGUAGCUGCAGCUAGCGUCCUUAACUUAAGCUAACUUAGAGUUAGAAUUACUGUAACUGUUGGGAAAAUCAUCAUCAUCAUGCAUCAUUUGAGUUAAAAAGCACGAUAUACACUUCUCCAGCAGAGAGAGAGAAUGGGUAUUUCGGGAUACUGUGUGUGUAGAAACAGGCUGAUUUGGCGCGUACUUUGCAGACAGGGUUAGUGACGUGUAGUUAGUAGGCUGGUGUACACUGACAGGGUGUUGACCAUCUCUCACAAGUGUGAUUUACCCUUAACCCUUUCAGCCUGGGUUUGGACUCAGGACUGCUACUAUCUCCACUCAUGAGCGUUAUGGACUCACAUAAAGUACUAGCAAUGGUUUAGUUUGGCUGUGAGUCACGAUGACCUUCCAGAAGAACCAGUGGGCGGUGUGUUCGAAUCCCACUCGAUCCAUCCUUCUGUCCCUUUCGCUGGGCCUCGCGGUGCUCUCGUUCACCGCCUGUGUGUGUAUGCGCUGUGUGUAUAAACAGUCAGCGGUGGCAGCCUCGCACGAAAUGGGCAUCAGAGCGCUGAAUGCAUGGGAUCAAGUGCCACGCGUGCAGAAGUUUUCAAGAAGCCCUGUAGACCUCCAGCGGAGCGCUGGGUCUCGCCUCGGUGGACCACCAAAGGGUGAUGAGUGUGCGCUCCCGUCAGAAAGCCGCUUCGAUUGUGCACGGGACCGAGCCUUGAGCCGGGAGGAGUGCGAAGAACGUGGGUGUUGCUAUGCUCCCCUGACCCAGAGUAUCUCCAGUGGGCCACCCUGGUGCUUUUACCCCCCUUCUUACCCCGGGUACAGCAUGGGACCGCUCUCUCCCACUUCCCGGGGACAGGCAGCAACACUGACACGCUCUGUGCCCUCAUACCUCCCCCGGGAAGUCUCCACACUCCGACUGGAAGUCAUGUUGGAGACGGAGAACCGGCUGCAUCUGACCCUGAAGGAUCCUACUUCUCCACGCUAUGAGGUCCCGCUGUCAGAAACACAUCCUGGGAGCAGCAGUGAGGGCCAGGAACCCUUGUACAUUUUACAGUUCCUCCCUUCCCCUUUUGGAUUCACAGUACAGCGCAGAUCCAGCGGUCGUGUUCUUUUGAACACCACGGUGGCGCCCCUGCUUUUUGCUGACCAGUACCUGCAACUGUCCACCUCACUGCCCUCAGGCCUGAUCUCAGGCCUGGGGGAGCACUACACCCCUAUCAGUCUGGACCUCAACUGGACCUCCAUCACUCUGUGGAACCAUGACGUGGCACCUCACAGUGAUUUGAACCUGUAUGGAUCCCACCCAUUCUAUCUGGUGCAGGAAGAUGAUGGCAAGGCCCAUGGGGUCUUCUUGCUCAACAGCAAUGCCAUGGAGGUAGUGUUGCAGCCCACCCCAGCUCUCACGUGGAUCUCCACUGGGGGGGUCCUGGAUCUAUAUGUUUUCCUGGGUCCUGAUCCACAGGAUGUGGUCCGACAGUACCAUGAGGUGAUUGGGUUUCCCAUGAUGCCACCCUACUGGGCUCUGGGCUUCCACCUCUGUCGCUGGGGUUACACCACCACCAAUGCCACUCGAGAUGUGGUUCAUCGCAUGCGCAGUGCCGGCUUCCCCCUGGACGCACAGUGGAAUGACAUUGACUACGCAGACGGUCGGAAAGUGUUCACCUUUGAUCCUCAGCGUUUUGCUGACCUCCCUGCCAUGGUGAAUGAGUUCCACCGAGAAGGCCUGAAAUAUGUCCUCAUACUGGACCCAGGGAUAAGCAGCACAGCUCCACCUGGAUCCUACCCCCCGUUUGAUGAAGGGCUGCAGAGAGGAGUAUUUAUCAGAAACUCGACUGGGCAGCUACUCAUAGGGAAGGUGUGGCCAGGUCUGACAGCUUUCCCUGAUUUCACGAACCCGGAGACCAGGAGCUGGUGGGAGGACAAUAUCCGUGCCUUCCAUGACCGAGUCCCCUUCGACGGCCUGUGGAUUGACAUGAAUGAGCCUGCGAGUUUUGUGAGUGGUUCCGUCGAGGGCUGUCCAGACACCGACCUGGAGAACCCCCCGUUUGUACCGGGGAUCAUUGGCAGGCAUCUGAAUUCUGGGACUCUGUGUAUGUCUGCUCAGCAGAAUCUCUCCUCUCAUUACAACGUGCACAACCUCUACGGGCUGACGGAAGCCAGCGCCACACACAGUGCCUUGGUGAAGGUUCGAAGGUCACGACCCUUCGUUCUGUCCCGUUCCUCCUACCCGGGUCUUGGUCGCUUCUCGGGCCACUGGACAGGAGACGUGCAGAGUGACUGGGACCAGCUACGCUACUCUGUCCCUGCGGUGUUGCUGUUUGGCCUGUACGGGAUCCCACUGGUGGGGGCAGAUGUAUGCGGUUUUGGGGGCGACACGACCGAGGAGCUGUGUGUGCGCUGGACCCAGCUGGGUGCUUUCUAUCCCUUCAUGAGAAACCACAAUGACAAGCCUAACGCGUCCCAGGAGCCCUUUGUGUUCAGUCCACAGGCCCAGGACGCCAUGAGGAGAGCCAUCUUGCUGCGCUACUCCCUCCUUCCGCUGCUCUACACUCUGUUCCACCAUGCUCACGUCUCCGCCAGCACUGUAGCCAGGCCUCUCUUCCUUGAGUUCCCCUCUGAUCCUAACUGCCAGACAAUUGACAGGCAGUUCCUGUGGGGGGAUUCACUACUGAUAAGCCCGGUCCUCGAGCAAGGAAUGACGGAACUGGCGGCCUACCUGCCCCCUGGGAUCUGGUACAGUCUGCACAAUGGACAACCGUACUACAGCAAGGGUCAGUAUCUUCUUCUCCCGGCACCGCUGGACACCAUCAACGUCCAUCUAAGAGCUGGUCACAUCAUUCCGCAACAGGAGCCGGCGCUGACAACCGGUGCCUCGCGUACAAACCCCUUUCUCUUGACUGUGGCUCUGUCUGCUGAGGGCGGGGCGUGGGGUGAGCUGUUCUGGGAUGAUGGUGACAGUCUGGAUACUUAUGAAAAGAAAGAUUUCUCCUUUAUAGUCUUCAGUGCAGGACAGGAUAAGGUGGUGAGUGAGCCCCUCAUGGUGAACAGAGCCCUGGAUGGAUUGCUGCUGGGAAGGGUUCGCAUUUUUGGGGUGCUGUCAGCACCUCAGGAGGUGCAGGCAAAUGGGGAGCAGGUGAAAGACAUCGUGUACCACUCUGACACCAAGAUGCUGACCGUGUCCGGUCUGCACCUUCCUAUGGCAGAGCCUUUCAUCAUCCAGUGGAUCCUCUGAAACGACCCAGAUGAAUCCUGGCACUGCAUCGUUUCUGCAACAGAUCAAAGUUCAGCAUGAUGUCCCAGUUGGGCCUAGUUUCCGCUGGAGGGAGAUGGAAGGAGAAUGGAGAGGAGAGGAGAGACAGGACUCAUCGCAAGGAUUAUGUCCACUUUGGGCAGGAUUGUAACUAAAACUCCGUUUUCACUUUUCUGCUCAGCGUACGCCACGCCACAUUUCCGUGUUCUGCUCGUCUCAUUCCUCCCCGAUAUUUUCUGAUCUGCUCUUCAUAUUCACAAAAAAGAAAAAAGUACGAUACUUCUGUUUCCUUACAAUUAAAUAUGACUGCAGCUGUUAAAUUCUGAAAUAAUUUUGUAUAUGCCU